GUAUCAAUUGAAGUGAUCAAAAGUUUGAAUGUUUUGAAGUGUAUUUCAAAAGUUUGUAUAACCUUAUCUUUCUUUCUUAUUUUUAUUCUUUCUCAUAUUAACUAUUGUACAGUUUGAAACUAUUUGAAGUGAUUGUUCAUUGAAAUAUAUUUUUAAAAAAAAGAUAAUCAUAUUGAUAAUGUGACUAUUAAGACUGAAUGUAAGACAAAAUUCAAUGAUAAUUUUCUUUUUAAAAAUAUUUUAUUUAAAAUAAACCACUUUUAGACUUUUAAAAUGAAUGGCGGUUAAAUACAAUUUUAUUCUUCAUUUUUUGUGUUUGUAGAGAGUUAUUUGAUUUUUUUUGAAAAUAUAUGAAUAUUAGAUGGAUCACUCAAAUAUUUGGGUAUUUAUUCCUUAUCUGUGAUAAUGAAUGACAUGGAUCGAAAUCGUUUGUAAUGGUACAGAUGUAUCCACUCUUUGUGUUCUUCCAGAUGUUAAUCUUCUCAAUUUGUCAUGUUCCUUUCCUUUUUUUUCUCUUUCCAAAUUUAUUUCGCUGGAUUAUACUCCUUGAAUAACAUCUUUAAACCCUAAUCUUUUCGAGUAUUGCAUAUACUUCUACUACCUCUACCAGUACGGGAUUUGAAUUGACAACUGCAUCUCUGUGCUAAUGUGGUAUGGCAACUCGAACUGAUGUACUGUUCUACGUUGUUACUGACUGACUGGCUGAAUUAUGAUAAUAUUGUUGUGUGUUUUUCUAUUUCAGAUUUUUCUGUAGGGAACAACUAUGAAUUAUAAUUGUAUACAUCUACAAAUUUUUGUAAAAUGCAUACAACUCAUCACGACGUUAAAUACCAGAAAGCAUAAACCAAAACACUAGAAUUGUUGGUAAAUUUCACUCCUUGCUUGCCUUUUGAUUAACCGAUAGGGAGUUACACUGGAAUUAAUGCGUUUAAUAUGGGAUGAAUGGAUUAAUCUGAGGUAACCGAAUUCAUAAUAAACUUCAUAAAUUUAACAUAGGUGUUAGAUAUUGAAUGCUAAAAAAUGUUGGUAAAAUAUACAUCUUUGGACAUGAAAAUAAUUAGAAUAUAUAUUAAAAAGAAGUUUUGUUCUGUGAGCCGGAUGGUUUGGUCAUAGAGCUUUCAUCGAUCUUCUGAACAACAUUAUCAGCUCCAAACCAUCCAGCUCAGAGAACAAAACUCCAUCCAAAUCACUCACCUAAGCUACAAAUCUCCUCCACCAUCUUAAAGAGAAGUUUGUUGUAACACUACAUAAUUGGUUCUGCGAAUUACAUGCUAAACGAUACUGGGUUUGAGUUUUAGAGUGAACAUCAACUCUAAAAUACAGGUACACCUGGCUGACGUGUCCCAAAUGGGACAAAAUGCGCGGCUUGGAUUCCACUGCUAGCCACUAUUCAUCUUUGCUUAUAGAGUCUGUAUAUUUCUGAAAAUUUAUUAAAACCAUUUUUUUCUAAUUCUAAUGCAAAAAAUAACCUUUUAUUGCGGUAAGUAAGCGUACAUAUAAGCUCUUAAGUUGAUAUAUCAAAAUGUGUUCCAGGCCAGUGUCAUUUAUCGUUAACAGUAACUUAGUGAACCAUAAACUUAGGAAAUAUAUUUAUUUAUAUUCAAUACUCGACAGAAUAAGAAAUCAAUGACACUUUGAAUCUUCAGGAUCUAAAAAUGAACUGAAAUUUUUGAUCAGAUAAUAUUCAGUAACUUUCUUUUGUCAUAUAAACACAAGCUUAAUAAGUGUUUAAUUGUUUUAGUGUCAGAUUUCAUUUUGGAGAUGACAUGGAGGUAAACAUUUAAUAAAUUAAGUUAUAGAGAAUACAAAGUAACAUUGUACAUUUAACAAAUCAAACACUUGGAUAAUGAACUAAACGAAAUAUACACUUACAAAUUAAAUAACCGUGUAGUGAACGAGAACACAAAUGAGGACAGCCGAAUAUAUUUGAAUACAAAAUUACAGAAUAUCUUAGUAAAAUCUAAGAACCGUACAGUAAAUAUUUCAUUUGAAAAAUGUCAACCAAUCGUCUCAGACUUUAUUGUUCUUUGGCUUCCACACUCAUCGUUCCUUGUUCUCAUUCUCUUUUCUUUGAUCUUUUUGACCUUCUGUCUCCAGGUAUUGCAUUUUCAAUUGUUGAUACAUACUGCUUAUAUCUGUCGACAUCCGUAGUACACACCUCAACUGAAUCGUUUUAUUUCUAAUCACUUAUAACCAUACAUUCUAAUACAACUUCUCAGGUAUACUUAUUCGAUAUUCUAGAGAGUAACUAUUCGAUUGAUACAGUGACAUGACAAAGUUUUAACAAAGUCCAAAACUGUUUUAAUUAUUGUCCAUCAUUCUUGAUACAAAUCUAAUCAAAAUAGAUUUUGACUUCAAAAGUCCAGUUAAAACAUAUAAACCGAUUUUUAUAUUUUGACAACUUCAUUGUUAUACACUAUCUCUACCACUUACCAAAUGUUGUAUAAAGCAGGUUCCUCCCUUUUUUCUUAUCUGAUCACUACAUUAUAUAGUGUAGUACAUUAAUCAGGUACACAGUCUUGACAAUAAGGGUGUUAAUUAUAAGUUAAAUAAUUUCACCAGUAAGUUUUAAGAAAUAAACAUCAUUCAGUAUUUAAUUUCACAAUUCAAAUUAAAAAAAUACAUGAAUGCAAAAUGAGUGAAAUAUUAUACAAAUGUCCUAAACUGUUGAACAUUUCCGUAAUGUUUCCCUAAUAUUUUGUUCUAUCCUUAUUCUAACCUGUUUCGAAAUAAACUCCAUUGUAUGGUACGGCUUACUCAAACCAUUGCCAAAAUGUUACAAACUUAUUCUUUUACGAGAAAUUUGGCAACAGAGUGUAACUAUACGGGACUAGGAAUAUGAAGUAUGCUUACUUAUGGAAAAAAGAAAGUAUUACAAUUUCAAGUUUUAUGAUACAUUAAUUACGAAAAGAAAGAAUAGAAGAAGAUCACUUAUUCACAUGAGUUUAAACAAGUUGUGUCCUGGCACGAUCUCGGUAUCCUUUCGAUGCCACGAGAUCGCCAGCAAAUAUAACUCGACUUGGUCCAUUAAUUGCCUUCUGAUAUUUGACUUCUCGAGGAUUUUAUGGAGUCAUUUGGAACGAGCUUCUUACGCCUUCUGAUCUAUUUGGCACGUGUUUCUUGGUAGCGGUGUUCAUAGUUAAUCUCAACUCGACGCCACGCUACAAUUGGUGAUCCCAAAGUUUGGGACACGCGACAAUUGGUGACCCGUAUUUUGGAACACGCCUCUGCUUCUGGUCAAAUCUUCCAAAGAAGCCAAUUCGGUGAGUCUAUGAUUUAUCUAUCCACGUCUGUCGUAUAUUUUCAUAUUUAAUAUAUAAUAUACUCGACAUGACGGAUAACGAUAAGAAUAGUAAUAUAAUAGACUCCCAUUUAUGUGUACCGAACUCUUGUUACUUUUUAUUCGCGUGACGAUGAAUUCCACGCUUUAUUCGAGAAAUUUUCCCCUAUUAUUUAUUCUCCUCGCUGACCCGGCUGCUUGGUACGGAAUGCAUUCGCAUACACAUUAACGUCUACCUCCCAGCAUCAAAUGGUUAAGUUGAACGGUUUCAUUGCCAACGUAAAAGUGCUCUACGAGCACACGAGAACGACAACUGGUAUGAAACCUUAUCGCUCGUCCCCUUAGGUAUUCGAACGAGCUUGAAGGCAGAUAUACAAUGUUCCGCCACUGAAAUGGUAUACGACACGACAUUGCGUCUGCCCGGAGAAUUCUUCACACCACGGAGCAGACCUAAUUUCGCUAAAUCAGACUACGUCCAACGACUGUCUGCAUUUAUGUGAACGCUGUCUCCGGUGUCAACUCGAAUACAACAUCGACAGGUCGCUCUCCCUCGAGAGUUAUCUACCUGUUCACAUGUUUUUGUACGAGUAGAUUCGGUACGCAAACCUUGGCAACAACCUUACGAAGGCCCUUUUCACGUGAUCGCUCGUCACGAAAAGACCUUCAAGGUUGAUCGAUAUGGACGCGUCGAGAUCGUCAUCGUUGAUCAUCUCAAACCAGCACACGUCGAUGAUAGUGCCCUAUCUGGUAACCUGAGAUUCAAUGCUAGACCUAUUAAACCUAGCGGGAUCCUUAAAUCUUCUUCAGGUCCCACGCUAGAAGCAUCUGAGACCUCAUUCUCACGUCCCGGUCAACAGCACGCGUCAUCUGCACCUUCUACGGACGAGACGACAGUCUCACGUCCAGAUCAGCAGACCACGCCGCCUGACCUCGGAUGAGAUUGCAGGCUCACGAGAUACGAACGAGACUGCUGUCUCACGUUCCGGUCGCCGAGUACGGUUACCCGUACGCUUCCGCGACUAAUCGCACAGUGAACAACCGAUACGGUGUAGGGUUAUUCCUAUACUGCACGCAUGCUACAUUCUUCUUUUUUGAUUUUCUUUUUGUUUCCUGAGCCCACGCCUUCGACCAUCUCCGUUUGGUUCCGUCGACUUCAGUCAACUUUGGUGAAAGCUGGCCUGAUCACCCACGCUCUUGUCAACGUACUCAGUCGAUAUAUUGGUUUCGAAUGCUUGGCAUACGCUUGGUCUCGAACUUGGUCGUUAUGGUCGCUUCUGGUCUUUUGGCUCAACGUGGUUUCGUCCUUCGUCUGCAGCGUUUAUGGUCCGGACCCGUACGAACGCCCUCUUCAGAUUCUGGAUACAAACCACUCUGGUAGCAUGCCGACUCAAGCAACAAAUACAACACAUCGCUCCUGGUACCGUUCUCCGAAAACGACCUUCGUUGGCAACUCGACGAUCAACGAUCGCUUUCCUAUUCGCCAAUUCUUCCGUCCUACAAUCGCUCGUCAGCCGAUCAGUCCCACGAUUCAAACCCCUAUUUAUCGAAAGUGUAAACCCUUUCUAGCGGGGGGCUCCUGUAGUGACUCACGUUUAUCACGAGAACACGACUGGUUUGAUAAAAACAAUUAUUAUUAUAACCAACUGUACCAGUGUUUGUUUUAACGUGCUUUUGUUUGACUGUGCUAAUGACAGCUAUUUUGUGCUUCCAUUCUUAUACUGACACUUCGAUUGUAACUUCGCGCGAAUUCGGUUACCUUCUGUAACCAAGGUUGUGUCCUGGCACGAUCUCGGUAUCCUUUCGAUGCCACGAGAUCGCCAGCAAAUAUAACUCGACUUGGUCCAUUAAUUGCCUUCUGAUAUUUGACUUCUCGAGGAUUUUAUGGAGUCAUUUGGAACGAGCUUCUUACGCCUUCUGAUCUAUUUGGCACGUGUUUCUUGGUAGCGGUGUUCAUAGUUAAUCCCAACUCGACGCCACGCUACAAUUGGUGAUCCCAAAGUUUGGGACACGCGACAGAUGUAUGGAAUAGUAAGGUUAUUAACACAAUCCAAGGUUGACAAACACCCCUUACGGCUGACUGUGAAUGUUAAUAUACGUGUGUUUACCAAAACAGAUGAUUUGAUAUAUAAGAACUUUCGUCUAAAUUUGAACGAUUAGUUUCACAGUAUUUGGGCGCCGAGUUAAUAUGAGUCAUUAAAGAGGAAGAAUGUAUUUGUAAAAUCUCAGCGAAAGAAUUUGAAGUCAAUCCAACGUUUUGCCUAGUAAUCUGGUCCAAGCUUUUUCAAGGAAAAUAUAAUCAAACAACAAAAUUAUCGAUUUGAUAUAACAGAAAAGGAAGCCUAUCGUAGAUUCUAUGAGGAUGUUUCUAAGAUCCUCACUUGAGGAAAAAUGAGGUCAUUCAGUUGCGAGAUUUCGCAGCAUCUCACUGACGUAACACAUCAAGUAGAGAUCCUCAAGUUUCUCAAAGUGGUUAGGGAACAACCAAACCCAAUUCUUCUUAAACUCAUUAAAACUAAAGCUAACAAUC